AUGUGGAAGCGUUGGAAAAAUCAGCUGGGCUUGAAGAGGGAUGGAAGACAGGGUGAAGCGCAUAAUACGGGAUGGCCUCGUGUUUUGUCCCUUUAUCGGGAACUGCAAGAGCGACGCUUGGUUGUCGAUAUGAUGGCCCGUGUUGAUGACUAUGAGAUCCGUGAAACCCCCAUGUCGCCUACACUUUCGUUCCGGAGCCUCUCCUCAGAAGCCUUCCCCUUCCAUCAGUUCCCGCAGCGGGAUGCGUUCGAUGAGACCCUGGGAUGUGUAGAUAUUGAGGCUGGCCGGUCCCCGAUGGUCUUUCAACUUGGCACUCUCUCUGCCAUCGAGGGACAAUACCAUGCGGUCAUCGACCAGAACUUGUGGUUUGAAGUCGGCAUUUACUCGCCCGCUAUCUGUUACACAGACUCAAUCUCGAGUCUUGACCUUAACGAUGCAGGCCCAAGCUGGGUAAACGAGCCUGAAGGCUCAAGCAUGAGUGACUUUAUUCAGAGCAUAAACUAA